AUGUGUGACCUAUUAUUUUUUUUUGAGUGGGUGACGACGACGACGACGACGACGACUAGUAGCAAAGACAAGUUGCAAAAUUAUAUUUUUUUUUUUUUUUUUUACUUUUAUAGAAGUGCAACUAGAACGCAUAUCAAAUUGGAAACGCUUGAAGAUGCCGUCGUUUUAGACAAUCCUGAAGAUGACAUGUUGCACGAUAAAAGAGGUUGUCCCGCAUAUGUCAGCCCCGAAAUAUUGAGGAGUCACGUUCCUUACAGUGGUAAAGCAGCCGAUAUGUGGAGUUUAGGAGUUAUUUUAUUCACUAUGCUCGUAGGACGGUAUCCCUUCAGCGAUUUAGAUCACACAAAUUUAUUUAAGAAAAUUAGCCGAGGAAAUUUCAACAUACCCGACACGGUUUCAAACAAAGCAAAAUGUUUAAUAAGGAAUUUAAUGAGACGAGAACCGAGGGAAAGGAUAAGUUCCGAAGAUGUUCUCCUACAUCCUUGGGUCGUUCAAGACGACGAGGAAACGGAAAUCGCCCAGAGGACUGAUCAGGUCGUUCCAAACAUUGAUUAA